CGCUGACUGUUGUCGCGAGUGUUGUGGGGCAGAAGGCAGUUCAUAGCUUCUGGCUUCGAAAGGUGAUGUCACGCCCUACUGCGUGCCGACGCAACCCAUACGUGUCCAGCGUCCCCGCUGUAAUCACAACGCAAACUCAACUAAAGUCUGCAAACGGCACUGAAGGCAAAUAGCGCAUGAGACGCUCAAUACAACCGAGCUGCCGCUCACUCUUAGACUCCGGCACAGGCACUAACCCCACGCCGUGUCCGGUCAUUCGCUUUGGCGUGACCGGGAACCCCUAGCAGACGUUGCAAACCGAUGAUGCUUUAUGAAACGUGGCCUGGAGAGGAAGUUGGACCGUGCAGGCCACCCUCGCCACAGAACCCCAUCGCCAGCCGGUGGGACGAAACUGCAAUCUACUGUAUGCUUGUUGUGCUGUUCUUGCAUAAUACUAUAAAUACUAUACAGCAUUCAUGAAUAGAAUACUGCUGUCGCGCAGCACGGCUGUCAACACAAAGUUAAUUGCCCCGUUCGCUCUUCAGGCGCCACUUCAUACUGCAUUGAACGCAUGAAAACGUUGUAGCUGUUAUCAAGUCAUCAUGCCCCCUCGCGCGCGGGGUGUGCCACUGCGAGGCAAUGCACCAGCAACAGCAGCUACCCUGACGGGUUCCGAGCUUAAUUUACUCCCAGAGACGUUAAAAUUAGCAUUGCUGCGGAUUCCUGAGCAUGCAGACCGGCUAUGCUCGCGAUCGGCGACACGCAAAGACGCCGCAGACCAGCUCGCACGGAGCUUCGCAAAGCUUUUCGCCACGAUGAUGCCCAAGUCCACAAAUGAGCACAAGGCAAGGGUCUGUGGCCUGCUGCUGAACGAGGACCACGCAGGUGUCGCUCAUGCGGCCGUGCGCGUGCUGAGCGAGUGUGUGCGGUGCAGCCUGGACGACGACGCGUUCCUGAAAUGUGGCGUCCAGUGCUGUGACUUCUUGGGGUGCUUUUGGGACAACUCCUUUGUUCAUGGGACCAGCCCGAACUCGCACGCCCGGGCCCUGGCGCUGCGAACGGGCUUGGCGCUCGUUCGCAGCGAGGCCCUCGCCGCGCUUGCGCGGCAGCUGGCGGCGGCAACCGCUUCCGUGCAGGCGCUUGCUGUGGAGACGGCGCAGUGCUAUAACAACAACAACAGUAGCAGCGGCAGCAGCAGCAGCAGCAGCCGAGGAGGCGCCGGGGCAUCCAGCAGCGGGGACGCGAGCUCAGAGGAGCGGCUGCAUGGGCCGGUUGCUUGCGGGCUGAUGGGGGCGGCGCUGCUGCUUGGUUUCACGUCCUUGCUGAGCCACGGCCAUUUGAUGUUGCCUGGUCGCGGAGGGCAGCAGCUCGCUGCGGCUUCGGGCGCUGCGGCUUCGGCCCCUGCGGCUUCGGCCCCUGCGGCUUUGGGCCCUGCGGCUUCGGCCCCUGCGGCUGCGGGCGCUGCGGCUGUGGGCCCUGCGGCUUCGGGCCCUGCGGCUGCGGGCGCUGCGGCUGCGGGCCCUGCGGCUGAGGAGGGCGCCGGAGCUGGGGAGCCCAAGGAGCUAUACAGUCGCUACGCUCCAGAGCUGCUGGCGGCGCUGGCUGGCAGUGGCGUGGCGGAGCACCUGGGUCGGCUGCUGCUGGUGCUGCUGCCGGCCAUUGACACGUGUCCGGCAAUGGCGCCGCAGGGGGCGAUUGUGUUUGGCAUGCCCGUAAUGCCGAGUGAGCUGGCCACCGGCUUCCUCAAGGCAACCUUCAGGCUGCACCGCCUCGCGAUUGAGAUGCAGCGCUCACCCCGGUCCAUAGCCCCGCUGCUGGCGGCGGGCGACGUGGGGCCAUUUACAGCGCAGCUGUUCGCUCUUCUCACCGGUCCCGGCCUCAGCUGCUGCAGCCUGGCAAUGGGCCUGGCGACCCUGGCCGCCGGGGACGGCGGCAGCUGCCACGGCGCGCCGGCAGAGCUGCUGGCAACAAUGCCGGUGGUGGGCCGCAGCCGCGGCGGCGGUGGCAGUAGCGGUGCCUCAGGCUCGGGCGCCUCAGGCCCGGGCACCACAGGUUCGGGGCCGGGGCCGAACACCGGCACUGGAUCGCGGGCUCGUGCAGCUGGCGGCUCGGCGGCGGCGGUGGGGGCAGCGGGCGCAGACCAGAAAGCCACGCCCCUGGUUGACGCAGAGCAAGCGCUGCGGUCGCUUCUAGAAGCUGCGGCCCUACCGCUGCUCGACAGCUGGUACCGCCUCACCGCACACAACAUGCAGCAACCGCCACCAGCGCGGGCACUGGCGGCAGGUGCGGGGCAGGCAGCGGCGGCGACUACGCAAACUGCGGAAGCAGCGUUAUGCGCCGCGCCGCCGGUCGCAGACGCCGCCGCCGCGGCUCUGCGCUUCGGGAGCGAGAAUGCGGGACCAGCCCCUGGCCCGUGUGAAACAGCAGAAGGAAAGGCUUUGGCAUGUUCCACGGCCUCCACCAAGGCGGUUAGCCUCAUCCCGCCGCUGGUGGCUAAGCAAAUCUUGCUGCGGUUGGCCGAGAUGGCCGCCGUGGUGAUGGAGAAGGAUGUGGUCUCAAUGGGGGCGCUCUUGGCUUCCGUGAUGGGGGUGGCUGCUGAAACGCCGCAGCAGCUGCAGCAGCACUGUCCGAUGUGGGGCUUCCUGACUCCCGCCGGGGCGCAGGCGGUAGCGACAGAUGCCAUGGGGUACGCCGCUCCCGCCCUGUGCAUGCACGCGGUGCACGGCUGCUUUGUCGACAGCGCCGGGCGCCCCGUCGCACGGACGGCCGCCGCCCUCGAGGCCGCCGUCGCCCGCUGGUGGCGCCUGCUGGAGCGGGUGCUGCGGCUGUCGGAUUGGACACUGGGGUCGGAUGCGGAAUCCGGGAUGGUCAAUGUCUUGACGCUAGGACUCUAUUCGCUGGAGUUGAACACGAAGCACAUGCUCCGGCAGCGGCAGAGGCCUGACAUGCGCCACAGCCGAACUUGCACAACACCGCUCCCGGGCGGAGAGAUGACAUCACACGACAGGCCGCCGCACGAGCCGCUGCCGCCAUUCUGCCGCGGCCUGCCCGCUGCGCUGUCGGCAGGGCUGCUGCCGCGCCUGAUGGAGCCGCUGCUUCGGUGGCAGGUCAGCCCAGUCACCCAGCAGUGGGACCGGCUGGCUGAGCGGGUGUGCACCUACCUCCAGUCGUACUGGGGGGUGGCGCUGUUGGCGAGCGCGCCGGCGCGGCAGGCGGCGUCGCUGGUGCUGACGAUGCGCAAGCGGCUGCUUCGGGUGGCGCAGAGCCCCUCCUGGACAUUGGAGCUGGCCGACCACAUGCAGGUGUUGGGCCUGUGCUUAGGCCAGCUGCGAUGCAUGCACGGCAUGCUGCGCGACGCCGCCGCUGGCUACGCGGCCGGCCAUGGCGGCCCGCCGAGUGAUGGCGGCAGCGGCAACAGUGACAGCGCCAACGGCGGCGGCAGCGACAGUGGCAGUGACGGCGAUGCAGCUGCGGAUGGUGGCGGCGAUGCGGCCGCGGAUGAUAGCCGCUGGCUGUAUGACAUGGUGCGGUCGCCGCGUGUGACUGCCCUGGCCGCGCUGCUCGUGCGGGAGCUGCUGCCGGUGGCAGCGGACUGGGCGUGGCAGUCUACCUCGCCCUGGCUUGCCACGCUCUGCUGCGCGUCGGACACGUCAACUGGGUGUCAGUCACCUGCGGGGGCAGCGGCAGGGGUAGCGGCCGGAGCAACGGCAGCGGCCGGAGCAACGGCAGCGGCAGCGGCAGGGGCAGGUGCAGCGGCAGGGGCAGCGGCAGCGGCAGGGGCAGCGGCAGGGCCAACAGAUCCUCGUCGGGAGGAGGGGCGGCGCGGCGUCCCGUUGGAGCCGCCGGCAGUGCAGCUGCUGUGUGAGAGGUUGAGUGGGGUGUACGCCUGCCUGCAGGACUGGCUGGUGCUGCUGACGGAGCAGUGCAGCGGCGGUGGAGGCGGCGGCAGUGGCGGUUGUGGGGGAGGAGGCAGUGGCGGCAGCGGCGGCAACGCUGAGAGCCGGGAUGCUGUUGGCGGCAGCGGCAGGGGCGACACGGCAGAGGGGGGCAGGGGCGACACGGCAGAGGGGGGCAGGGGCGACACGGCAGAGGGGGGCAGGGGCGACACGGCAGAGGGGGGCUGGGGCGACACGGCAGAGGGGGGCAGGGGCGACCCGGAGCUCCGGCACUUCAUUCUGCACGACCUGCGCGCCGGCGAGCUGGUGCGGUCGGUGCUUCUGUCGUUCAGUGAGGCGGUGGCGCUGCUAAUUGCAGAACCUCAAGAGGCGGCCGCGAUCGCACGCCAAAUUGCGGGCGCGUGCAUCUGCUAUGCAGCCCUCGCGCCGGAGGAGUGGCGCGCGAUGCUGCGGGGAGCAGGGGCGAAAGCGACGGAGGUGGUGGCGGAGGCGGGCGGUGCGGAUGGCGGCGUGUCGGGUUUGGCGGAUGACCGCGCUGCGGCUGCAGGGGUCUGCUGGGACGCGGUGCCUUGGCACAAGCACUUGGCGCUGGUGGUUGGCGUGGUGGGUUGGGCCGGCAGUGGUUCGGCUGAACCAUCUGUGGCCCCCGGUGUGCAGGCCGGUGAGGAACACACUCAUCUUUCUGUUGGGAUUCUCAGCUUGUCGGCAAGGCUGUCGCGUGUUACCACUGAUGACAGUCUCGGUCCGUUGAGUAACUCUGCUGCUGGCAGCAGCGACAGCCGCGGUGGGAGCGGUGGAAGCCGAAGCGUGCCCAAGGACGCGGAUGCGGAUGUGGAUGCCGUGGAGGAAACAUGGUGGCAGCUGGUUGCAAAGCUGCGACAGAACCUGUGUGCGCGGCGGGCUGCCUGGGCGGGGGCCUUUCCGGGCGGGCAGGUGGCGACGCAGCCGCUGAGCGAGGUACGGGCGCGGCUGCAGCUGCCGCGGCUGUGCUCCAACCCGGCCUGUGUGGUGCUGAAGGGCGACUGCGAGGUGGAGCUGCCGCUCAAGGCGUGUGGCGGCUGUGGCGGCGCGGCGGCGUACUGCUGCCGUGACUGCCAGGUGGCGCACUGGCGGGCGGGGCACAAGGCGGCGUGCGGCAAGGUCACCGGGAACAAGGACAGUGCCCUAGGGCAGCGGAAGUAGGCGUGAUGGGAUGCAGGAGGGCGUGCAUGCGUGCAGGGCAUGCACUGCAGGCGCAACGACGUGCAAUUGCUAGCCUGAAAGCAUGAUGCACUGUGAUGCACAAACACACACACACACACACACACACAUAAACGGUAAUCCGCGACCGUAACUUCGCAUCGCAUACACUGUCCUACGCGUAAUGUUUUCCUUGUGCUCUUCAACACAUAAACACAUACCUUGCCCUUGUGCGGUGUGAGCAAGGGUGUGAGUCCCCUGCUUGUGAGCAAGAAUGUGAGAAUGUGAGUCCUCGUGUGUGUGUCAUAAGAAAAUGUUUCUGCUUGACACACACGGAACCGGGCCUGCAUGUGCCUCCUUAACUGAUGUCCGGGACAGGGGUAGUACACGAUGGUGUGUAAGGACAGUACGACCUUGAGUACGACACCUCGUCACCCAGAAAGUGUGCAGCAGUGCAAACUGUAGUGAUAGAUACGAUGUGUGUGUCUUUUGUCUUGGGCGCGCCCCUGCGUUGUGCAUUGUGCUGUCAGCAGGGAGAGUUGCUUUGCUUUGGCUCACUGUGACCAGGCACAUACAGAAUGUACGGACGGCCAAAACGUCCAGAAAAGGCUUGAAGGCUUUCGCAAG